UUACAUGAAAUUUGUUUGUGAUUCUGAAGCAUAAAAAGUGGAAGUACUUUUUUCUAGGAAAGAUGUCGCUGCCAGUGCCACGAUUCCUGUUCACAAAUGGCGUCCUUGCACCCUCCGUCGACACUCCGACAGUCUCUACCUUUCUCCAAACACACUCAGGUGCCUAUACCACUACUCGUACUCACAACAAUGGCGAAUUACUCCUCUUUUGGGACCGCCAUCUCAAAAGACUCUCAAAUUCCCUCCAAUUUCUGUUGAUUUCUAACCCUCGCCUCGUUUUUGGGCCCCACUUUUCUGGGUCUUCCUCAUUUUCCUCUUCCUUGAAUUGGGAUUCUUUUAUACGGCGCCGUGUUAAUGAUUCAAUGGCAAUUGCGAUGCCGUUAGCGAUAGAAGGUAUGAACUCUGGCCAAGAAUUAUCUAUUUCAACACUCAUUGCAGGAAAUUUGGAGGAAUUGAGUGGAGCUCAGGGGAGGAUUGAGGAGGAAAUCAUUGAGAAUGUUUUCGAUGUUUAUGUGCAUGUUGGAAUCUGUGUUCCUCCUGUGUUUGGCGUUGGGAGUAACGGGGCACGGUUAGCUGUUGUUGGGCAUAAGAGGGACUUUGCUGAGGCAAAGUACUCCGAUUGGGCAAGGCUAAGGAAACCAUUGGAAAUGCUGAGACCUCCUUCAGCUACUGAACUUUUGCUGUCACACAAUGGCGACCAAUUACUUGAAGGGACCAUAACAAAUUUCUUUGUUGUUCGUCUAAAGGAAAACAGUGAAGUUGAGAAGAAAAAUGCUAACAACGAUGGAAGCUUACAAUCAUAUAAAUUGGAGACAGCUCCUGUAAAAGACAGUGUCCUUCCUGGGAUUAUCCGCCAGUUCGUAAUAGAAAUAUGCUCGUGCAUGGGCAUUGCUAUUCGAGAAGUAUCACCAUCUUGGUCAGAGCGUGACAGUUGGGAGGAAGCAUUUGUUACAACCAUUUUCUAUGCACAAUAUAAACAACAAUAUACUUUGGAUAUCGGAUUCAUAGACGAAGUUUACGAAGAGCGUACAAUAUUCUAGGCUCGUUUCACAAGGUAAUUCUUCCAUCAAAUUAGGGUUAUUCCGUUAGUAUUAUGACUAAGUGAUAAUGUGGUUAAAUGAGAUGCAUAAUUUUGUUUUAUAUUAUACUUUAUAUAAUUAAUACUCAAAUUAUAUUAUAUGUACUACUAUUUUUGUUAUGGGUUUAAUUUAUAAUACUGUUAUUUUAAUGAAUUUCAAAUGCAGUUAUAUUUGGGCGAAAAAUAUCUAUGAUAUAAAUCCUGUUGCCACUAAUUGAUGUUAAAAUGGUGAUUUGGCAAAUGAGUUUACAAUUGGAUAUUUUUGAGAUGUAAUUCUUGGAAUAAUUUAUGAUCAUAAAAUAAAAUAUAGUAUGUUUGAUUACAUGCUGGUUUGCUCGUAUUAAUUAUUAAAAUAUAUCAAAGAACUUAAACUGAAACAUGAGGAAUAUAAAGCUCUUACAUUUGUUGUAAUCCAAGUAAAAGGGUGUUGAACAUGUUUCCUUGUUUGAUUAGUAUAGCUAACAACGGGUUUUAUUUCUGAUACUUGAUACGAUUUCUGGUCUUCCAUCUAUUUGUUGUGU